AGGUUAAUACGAUGCAACAACGAUGGGCUACGAAGAAAGCCGGGGGUUCAUCACAUAAUGGACGUGACUCGGCUGGUAAAAGGUUAGGAGUGAAGAAAACUGGUGGCGAAUACGUCAAAGCAGGAAAUAUCAUUGUUCGACAAAGGGGCACGAGAUUUCACCCUGGAGAACAU